ACUGCUUUCACUGAAUAUUAAAGCGGGACAUCGAUAGCCAAAAAGAAGCGGAAGAGAGAAGACCAUUCACUGAAAUAAAAAAAAGGCUUUCGAUCUUCUGAGGUUUUCUGAAUUGGACAAAGAUGGUUGCUUUUCAUUAUUUGCUAACACUUUUGGUUAUCGUUCAGCUCAGCUUAAAUGGCUCCAACUCCCUUGUAUUAGGCUUAAAGAGUAUCUGUACGUUGUGUAAUGGGCCCUCAGGGGAACCCAAGGGCCACAGAGGUGAUCGUUUGUCAGGGGAGGAGACCACGGCCGUGUUGGCAUUGGGUGAACCCUGUGGGGUUUACACUCUUCCGUGCGCUCAGGGUCUUCGGUGUAUCCCUCCUCUCGGAGAGCAAAGUCCCCUUCAGGCACUGCUUCAGGGACGAGGGAUCUGCAAAAACAUCAAAAGUACCUUUACUGACAUCCAUCCGCCUACAGACUAUCAUCCAUCAACCAACGAAAACAGUUUUGAAAAGGGUCCUUGUCGCAAACUGCUUAACACAGUCCUCCAAAGUAUAGAUCUCACGAUUAUUCAUUCGAUUCCGGAUAUCUACAUCCCCAACUGUGACAGACAAGGCUUCUUCAGGAGAAAACAGUGUCGGUCAUCGAGAGGAAUGCAAAGAGGACAUUGCUGGUGUGUUGACGAGAAGGGAUCGAAAAUAUCAUCCCGUAAAAGGAGCGAUGGAACUAUUUCGUGCAACAUUGCCUGAGAUUUGUGAUUCAGCUCGACAUCUGAUGUACACACGGACCUGAAAUCUCUGUAGUAGGGACUGAGAGAGAGAGAGAGAUGACAGACACUGAGUACUCGAUGACCACAAAGCAAGCAGAAUAUUUACAAUCAUUCAUCUCCCUCUGGUUGUGAAGAAUAUGUUUGCAGCGCUGUGUCAUUAGUUUGGCUCCAUUAUUUCUGAACUAUAUAUAUACUAUAUAUAUAUAUUGUUCUAAAUACUAUAUAGAAAAAAAGAUGAUGUACUCCAUGAGGAAAUAUCAUUAAUGGGCUGUUAAUGAACUAUGCAGUAUAUAUUUUUUUCAAAUUACAUAUAUUUAUGUCACAUACAUAUUAGCUGCUUAUAUAUUAAUAUAAUUAAUUAAUAUAUUAAUUGUCCUUUCGGUAUACAUUUAACUGCCUUUACUUUUUUUUAACACUACUACUAUGUAUCCCGUU